AUGGCGUCUGUACAGACACCAUGGACCUCAAUCCUGCUACAGGAGAAACCUGGACUUCACGAAUACAAUCAUGCUCUGUCGAAUGUCGAAAAAUACUACACUCGCUUGCAUCGAGCUAUGCAGGAUGGAUCAAUCCACGACCAACUGGUUCUCAACCCGGACCAGACACACUCACGCCUGCUGAGAUCCUUCGAAAUAUUGCGAGGCAAACAGCUGCCAACCCCUGUUGCCGAGGAGAUUUUCAAAACCAUGGUCCUCCCAUUUAUUCACGACAACAUAUUCUCACCACCACAGAUGAUUCAACUCGUUGGAUCCGCACUCCCUCUCAUUACAAAACAAAACUCUCAAUUUCUGCGAGAACUCACCAACACCCUCCUGUCGUCCCAAGGAUUGUUUGACCACCUGGUAGCCAACGAAAAGUACACAGUGGUUCUGAAGGAAUGGUUGCUGUCCAAAAGAAACCAUCUCCCCCUUGCUCUCUCCAGGCAGGUUGGAGACAGGUUGACUGCCAUGUGCAACGCCUGUUCCGCUGACCACGGAACGGAAGCUAUCGUGGAUAGUUGGGACAUUGCCCAAAAGCUGAUGGAAUCGAUCAAGUUGCUCAUCGAUUCAUCUUACGAAGAAGAGUUAAAACGGACAAAAGUGGAGAAUCUGCCUCCUCUCGAGUCAAUGAAAGUGUUCAGUCGGGACGACAAAAAAUUGACUCCAGCUCAACAAGGCCCCCAAAGGCAAUUCAAGGUCUCGGAUGAGAUUCUGAAGCAGAUGCACCACUUCCAUAUCCCACCACCAUUGUCCGCUCGAGGCCUCACCCAUGCAGCGGAGCAUCUUCAAAAUGAGAUAAUUCCAUCACUCAUGCGCUCUGCCCUGGAGAGCUUCCCAUGCAGAAUCUGUUUGGAUAGGCUCACUACCGGGAGACUUACAGGCACUCUAGCCAGUUCAAUAAACCUGCCUUCGGACCGAGCUACAACACCGGGCAAUGCCCAAGACAUUUUCGGAAAGAGAGUCGGUCUUUGGAAAGUUUUGCUCUCUGACGUCGCUUUCAAGAAUGCCAAAAAGUUGGUCCGCGGAAGUGACUUUGAUGGCGUGGAACGAAAGCUCAGAGAUUUAGCAAGCGGCGAGUGGAAAGGCAAAGAUCUAUCUCGCCGUGUGGGAUCUAAACAGCAGAAGAAAAGAAUGCAAGUUCCUAUUUUGGAAGUGAGCGCUUCUGCGACUGUGUCAAUCUUAUGGCAGGUCGAUAUCGGGUUCUAUGAUGAGCUUCCAUGGGUACAGCAGCAAAUUGUCAAAGUUUGGCAAAUCGUGACAUCGGAAGAGGAGCUGGAAACUGCCAUUGAGCAAAUACUUUUGAUCCAGGAAUCCUAUACCCCGGAGCUUUCUCAGCUCUGUUUGGAACGUCCCGUUCAGCAAUCCGAUGGAACUUGGACGCCACAGCGGUUUGGAAAUGUGAAAGAGACUGGGUCUUACCAGUUGAAAUCCAUUGCUUCCUCCAAGGUAACCCCAGCUCUGAUUGAGAUGUCAAACAAAUUUUACAAUCUUACUGAGCCGUUCUUGAAGUCGAUCGUUGAUGAAAAGGACGAGGAGGAGUUUCCAUUUGAUCUUUCGCCCGAAGAAUUAGAGAUCGUGAAGCAUUUCAGCACAUCAACUUUGAUCUUAGGACGAAGUGGUACAGGGAAAACCACAUGUCUGUUGUUUAAGAUGCUCGCCAAGCACAAAGCAAGGCAAUCAGACUCGAAUGAGCAGCAAGCUCGACAGCUUCUCUUGACUCGCUCCUCUUAUCUAGCUUCAAAACUUCAAACAUAUGCCAAAAGUCUGAUAGACGCUCAGUCCAAGGCUCCAUCGACCGAAGAGGAUGUGGACUCAGAUUUGAAACCGACUUCGUUCUUUGCCCUGAAGAAUUGGCAUUUUCCAGUUGUCUGCACUUAUGAUGAAUUUCUUGGGCUUCUGGAGAACACGAUCAGAAUGGCUGAUCGAAAGGACUUCCUAAAAGACAUGAAUCCCAACAAGACAAAGGCUCUGGGCCCACAGGGAGGAGACAAGCCACAAGUGAUUGACUUCAGCAUUUUCAAAACAGAAUAUUGGGGCUCUCUAAGUGGGUUAGCUCCACAAUCCUGCUCUCCAGAGCUCCUCUUCGCGGAGAUUAUGGGCGUCAUCAAAGGCUCUAGCAUCACUGCAAAAAGCCUGAAGCCGUUAUACCGUGCAGAAUACGUCAAGAAGAACGCGAAAGCUUCUCCCGCCUUUACCUCUGAGGCAGAACGUGAGAAGGUCUUUGGAGCAUUUGAGCGCUAUGAAAAGCAAAAGAAACUUCGCAAGGAUAUUGACGAGUUGGAUCGUGUCAGUGCCUUACUGAAGUCCCUGAGAGACAACAAAGUUCUAGCAGAGCAGAUUCAGCGCUGCUUUGAGGAGAUCUAUGUUGAUGAAAUUCAAGACCUGCGUUGUCUCGACAUCGUACUACUUUUGGGCUGCCUCAGUGACGCUCGUGGGAUUCACCUUGCUGGUGAUACUGCCCAGUGCAUAUCAAAAGAUUCGGUAUUCCGAUUCCCUGAGAUUAAGGCUUUGUUCUACGAACAUUACGAAGUAAUUGCCAGUCAACUAACUCAGCCAUCAUUUGCCAAGCCUAUCCAAUUCUCUUUGGCUAAGAAUUAUCGCUCUCACCAGGGCAUUCUAAGCUUUGCAUCAUGGGUGAUGCAGUUACUCUGGCAUGGGUUCCCGGAAACAAUCGACAAAUUGGAUCCAGAGAUUGGCCAGAUUGGGGGACCGAAGCCAGUGAUCUUUGCGGGUUUUGACUCCUCGAUUCUUUCUGCCAAGAUGAUAGGCCUAGUCAAGCUCAACGACAAGGUCGCCGAUUUUGGCGCAGAGCAAGUCAUCCUUGUCCGGGAUGAUGCAUCAAAGGACAAACUGCAAACCCAAAUUGGCGAGAUUGCCCUUGUUUUGACAAUCCUAGAAAGCAAGGGUAUGGAGUUUGAUGAUGUCUUGGUGUAUGACUUCUUCGGCAGUAGUGGGCUUGGCAGUAGCUACCGGUGCCUUUACAUGCUUGUUCAAGCAGCAAGAGCGCACUUCGAUUCCCAGAAACAUGCGGCCUUAUGCUCCGAACUCAAGUCACUGUAUGUUGCUGUUACUCGAGCUAGGAAGCAACUUUGGUUUAUGGAAACCCAAGAGAAAAGCGUUGAUCCCAUCAUUCAAACCCUCUCGCAGAGCAACAGCCUCGAACUUGCUGAAGUUGUGAAGCAGAAAGACCCUAACGUUGCAGCAAAGAUCAUGGUUCUGCGGGCCGGCGGCUCGGUAGACCCAGAGAGGUGGCUCAAGAGAGCAGCACAUCUUCUCCAUCGGAAGAGCUUUGCCGAGGCAUUGUUCUGCUAUAAGAAGGCCAAUGAUCCUCGAGGAAUGACACACUCGCAGGCGUGUUUGCAUGAGCAAGAAGGAAGAUCUCACCGAGCAGCUGGAAAUACUGAAGAAUUCACAGCUUGCUAUGAGAAAGCCAUCGUUCUUUUCCUUGAGAUAGGUCUUAUUACCGAAGCAGCGACGUGUUAUGAGGGACUUGCGCAGUUCGAUAAAGUCGCAGAAAUUUGGAAAGAUCGCGAGCAAUACCAGAAGGCAGCAUCUUUCUAUGAGAAAGGCAAGCUCUUCACCGAAGCUUCUGAGUGUUAUCAUUUUUGUGGUCAAUACGAGGCGGCAAUCGAGGUCUUGCGUCGCGGAGACCAGUUCGAUGAACUUGUUACCUAUGCCAACAGGAACCACGAGUACCUCAGCGAUCCCGUCUUACUUCGUUACUCAAGACUCUGCAAUAUCUUGCUAAAGCAGGGACGUGUCUCUGCCAGUCUGCGGGCGAUAACCAUCAACAUGCUUGGAUCAGAUGUGUCCAAGAUUGCCUUUUUCAAAGAGUUCGAAAUGUGGGACCAGCUACGUGCCCUAUAUUCGUCGAAGUCCAGGUGGUUCGAGUAUUACGACCUAUCAGUGGCUGUUGGUGACAUACCUGCGGCGAUCAGCACACUGCUCAUUCAUAAAUUGAUACCAGUGGUCGACAAGCCAAUUGUUGAAAAGCUGUUCAAUUAUUCUAUGGUCGAAGUCUUGUAUGCGCACAGAGACAUAAUUCCGGGGAACCGUGAGCGAGAUGGGCUGCUGAAAUCAGUCAAAUCAACUUACCUCGAAAAAAUUGGGGCUCAAUGGAAAACGCUCUUGCUGUUGAUCGAAGAAUUUGAGGAUAUGGAUUCACCCGCUUCAGUCAAAAACCUGGAGAAAGGUCUUCUGAAGGAUAUCUUCUGUCUUUUUGUGAUCGCUUUUCAGCCGUCAGUGUUCACCAAGCAGAAGGUCGAACACCUUCCAAUGGAUAUUGUCAUCCGAGUUGGAAAGCUGCUACAAGACUUCUAUUCUCGGAACCGCUACUCCCUUACUUGCCUGGCAAUGACUUGUGGCAUUUUUACCAACCCAAAACAAGAGAACCAGACGAUCUUGCUUCACUGGUCUCCACUGAGGACUCACACAGCAACAGCUCCUGAUGAAUCUUUCUUCGAGAACUUGCUUGACAUAGCGAAAGACUUCAUUCAAGAGAAGUUUGCCGCAGCACUUACUCAGUUCCAUGAAAAUGCAUACAGUCUCAUGAAGACGGAGUUUCCAGCGACAUGUUUCCAACAGCUUUACAAAGGAUUUUGUUCGAAGCUUAAAGCUAAUGAAUGCUUCUGGGGCCAUGAGAAGCCUACUGCCGAAUUCGCUAUUGCGAAGUUGAAUUGCCUUCUCACCGUUGCUGAGGUUUUCGCGCGGCUCACGCCUAUCUACUAUCAAAGAGUUAUGGGCGAUGCUUUCAGCAAACCAUUUCUAGGUCGUAGGAGAACUUGGAUGCAACAUGUCCAAGAGGAGCUGGUCAUUGUCACUUCGCUGGAGCAGUCCUCUACUGCAAUUGCAAUCAUACGUGCCAACCUGCAAAGCAAUCCAGAGUUUGCUGCAACCGCAUACUGCCUCGAAGAGUUGCUCUUCUAUCGCAUGGACAAAGAAUGGGGCUCGAUGAGCAGUCUGAGCUCUUCGUUAGAGAAGGUGCAAGAAGCUCAAGUCCUCGGCCCUCACCCAGCCACGCGUUUCCAGCGAGCACUAGUUCUGAACAUGGAUCGCAGCAUGCCACCACGCCCUAGGAGAUCCGGUCAUCCGCUCGCGCUGCCUUGCACAACGUUGAAUGCUGCUGAGAGAAUUCGGUCAGCGGUGGGAAGACGCCACGGUCAAGACUUUCACAACGGCGUCAAUGCCUUUCUCCAAUGUCUCGAGAAGACACCCAAAUCCUCCCUUGGGUCCCUCCAUGCUGUUCUGUCUGUGCUCGAGUUUGCAGCUACAUACAUUCUUUGUAUCGCCAAUCCAGGAAGGGGUAUCGUAGUUCCGUGGUCCUGGGCCUUGCAGCAUCUUUCGACAAUAAUGCAAUCUCCCGCUAAAGACUAUACGUUCAAGGACAGAGAGAUCCGAGUGCACACAACCGACUUGAUGAACAUUGUCGUCAGCUUCUGCAACCUCAUGGAACAGGUCGAACACGCCCUUACCAACGGCACUCUCAGAUUUCAGGGAAUGGGACGCAGUGGCUUUCCAAUUCCUAUUAUCAAACGGCGCUGCACUGAGCUUCUGACGACCGUGAAUCUCAACCUGAACCAUUGGCCAAAGCAGCCGAUUGGCUUUAAGGAGAUGGAGAAAGUGGUCAAUAGGACCCUUCGAUCCCUUAUUCCACCGGGAAUGGCACUGGAACUUUCCAACAGUGAUAGAUUCCGGCAAAGUUGCAUCCGCGAGUAUGCAGCCUACAACCUCAAAGACGAGCUGUGCGUCAUUGCGCUUGAUGACAGAAAGUCCGCUCCUCUCUUCCUGCGGUCUUUCACACAAGGCAACGCGAAAUUCGCCCAGCUAAGUGAUAUCUUGCGGGUGUCGCGCAUUGCCGAGGACCCCCUAUCCAUGGGUCUGGGGGAGGACUGGCAAGUUGACGAAUACACUGGCUACGAGCUCGACAUGAUCACGAAUCUUCAGCGACGCUGGCGAAAGGUGAUGAAAAUUCUCGCAAACAACCGCCGCAGGGCACAAACCCGCGAGGGCAAACUUAUCCAGCACUUCCAUGAAAUGUUCGCGAUACGAAUGAGCGUUCUGCCCGCGGCCGCUUGGUCAACUCUGGACAAAAUACAUAUGCGCAAGGUGGUCUUUACCGAUUGUAUGAAGAUCACCAUGUCUCUUGAUGGUGUUUUGGCCAGCUUCCGACAGCUGAAGGACCGGUGGAGGCAGCAAUUCGACAGUAAUUGGUCCACCACAAAGCUAGAGGAGCUCUCUGUCAUUCGCGGACGGAUUCUCCCGAUCGACGGGCAGCUUGAGUACAUUAUUGAGCACUGGUCUCCCAAGGGCAUUGAGGAGGGUAUGAUGACCAUUCAGGCCGAGAACCUCGGUAUCUCAGCCCGCGAGGCCCAGCGCGCCCUCUGGGCUGUUCAGCGCGAGAUUGAAAUCAUUCAAUCCCAGGUUGACAUUAUUGCGAAGAGUGCUGCC